ACAAAAACUAACCAAAGUUUCUAGAAUCAUUUCACUUUCUCUGUAUCAAGCUUAUCUAAAUAAUUGCACCGUCUUGACCUUCGUGAUCAUAAAAUUUCCCCAUGACCUGUUUACCGACUUAUUCUCGUCUCAACUUUCGAACGAUGAAGACGUUCAUCCUGCUGGCUCUAACUGUGUCUUACGUCACAGGAAUAACCCCACAACUCGUCACAAGCAACAACUUAUUCACCGCUUCCAUAUACAAAGAAGCCAGUAAAGAUGGAAACGAAAACCUCUUAAUAAGUCCGUUUUCCGCAGAAGUCGUUCUUGCUUUAGCUCAAUCAGGUGCCAACGGUGAAACAGCCGAAGAAAUUCGUAGCAGCCUACACCUGCCAAACAAUGCAGAAGAAACUAAAACCUCCUUCAAAGAACUCCUUCAAACUUUUAACAACAAAGAAAGUUAUUCGCUUCACACUGCCAACAAGAUCUACGUCGCCAAAAAUUUUGUCAUCAAAAACGACUUCAAAACUCUUGCGACGGGUGUGUUUUCGUCCGAAAUUGAAAAUAUUGACUUCGGGGAGAGCGAGCAAGCUGCAAAAACUAUCAAUGGAUGGGUGGAAGAUCAAACCAACCACAAAAUCAAAGACUUGGUGGAUUGUAGUCUUUUGAAUUCUGGCAUACCCGCCAUGAUGAUAAACGCUUUGUAUUUUCAAGCCAACUGGACCGACAGGGACUUUCACAAAUUUCCAAGUUUGAAAAGAGACUUCCAUAAGAGUGCGACGGAAGUGGUUAAAGUAGACACGAUGAUGAAACACGGAGCAAGACUAAACUACUACGAAAAUACAGAAGUAGGGGCUACGUUUUUAGAACUACCGUUCCAAGGAGGAGACGCACAUAUGGUCCUAGUGCUUCCCACUGACAAGCAAGGGCUUGCAGACGUCGAAAAACAAGCAGAAAAAGUUUUUAAGGCACAACCAUUCAAAAGUGAGAUCGUCGACGUUAUCAUGCCUUUGUUCAAAGUUGAAAGUAAAAUCGAUUUUAAGAAAAUUUUGCAAAAGUUGGGUGUGAGGAAAGCAUUUAACUUGGGUCAAGCGGACUUCAGCGGAAUUGCUGGAAAUAAAGGAGAGCUAGCUGUUGGCGGGGUGCUGCAGAAGACGUACAUUAACGUGAAUCAGGAUGGAGUGGAAGCUGCUGCCGCUACCAACUUAUGGUUCUUCAUGUCGGGACCUCCUCGAGCCACUAAAACUUUCAACGUCGACCACCCCUUCAUCUUCUACGUUAAAACCAACGAUGUGAUUUUAUUCGCUGGUCGAGUGUUGUCUCCAAGUCACUAAAAAUGUAAAAUGACAUAAAAAAUAAAAAUAAGAUUACCCAAUGUUGGGUAAGCGCAUGA